UUGGCCACUACAUGUAGGCUACAGCUUCAUAAGUAUACAUAGCUCCAUUAAAGAGCAUUAAAUGUUACCAUGAAUGAUGUUCUGUUGCAGGUUUGCAUUGAAGAAGAUGUGUUUGGUGCGUGUUAUAAAGGAUGAAGAAUGUGACAGUAGAAAAAGGUUGGGAGUUUCUAAAGUGGAGCUUUGAGGUGAAAGACAACCUGUUGCUUCCCUGGAAGCAUAGGGGACAUUUCCCAGCAGCGACCUCAGAGCACUCCUUCUCCAUGCAUCAGCAGGCAGGACAAUUACACACCCACUUGACACCAUCACCCACAUCUCGGAUCAUGCCCAUCCCCGCGUGAAGACCCCCGGUACACAGCUCAGGAGCGCCUCGGACAACACCAGCAGCUUGUAUUGCUUCAUUGUAAAGCUGAUUUUAUAGUAACAUCUUGGAGUUUCCAGAGGAGGAGAGAGAGCAGGGUUCAUCCAAGUCAAAAAGGCGCACAGAUUUUGGAGACGAUGGCUAACUCCGGGAUUCAGCUGCUGGGAUUUUUCCUGUCUCUAAUUGGCAUCGUUGGUCUGAUCAUCGGGACAGUGUUACCGCAGUGGAAGAUGUCAGCCUAUAUCGGGGACAACAUCAUCACAGCAGUGGCCAUGUACCAGGGACUGUGGAUGUCCUGCGCCUUCCAGAGCACCGGGCAGCUGCAGUGUAAAAUCUACGACUCCAUCCUGCAGCUGGACAGUUCCCUCCAGGCAACACGUGCCUUGAUGAUCGUGGGUAUCAUAGUGUCCAUUGCAGGGCUGGGCGUGGCCUGUAUGGGGAUGAAGUGCACCACCUGUGCAGGUAGCGACAAGCUACGCAAGUCCCGCAUCGCCAUGACAGGGGGCAUCAUCCUGCUAGUGGGAGGGCUCUGUGCCAUCGUGGCGUGUUCCUGGUUCGCUCAUAAUGUGAUCCGAGCGUUCUAUAAUCCCUACACUCCCGUCAACACCAAGUUCGAGUUUGGUGCAGCCAUCUUCAUCGCCUGGGGGGGCUCCCUCCUUGACGUCCUGGGCGGUGCCAUGUUGGCAGCUUCAUGUCCCAGAAAAAAACACGUCUCCAAGUACCCGUCCAUGGCCGGUUCCCGCUCUGGUCCCCCGAGCAGCACUAAAGAAUACGUCUGAGAGCGACCCCCUUAGAACUUGACAGUGGAACAGGAUCUGAAAAAGGCAGUCUGGCUCCGGUGAGGAAUGAAACUGACGUCCGUAGAGGAGAUUGUCAGAGAAUCGCUGCAAUGGGACUUUCUUUCUUUUAUUCUUGAUCUGGCAGGCCUUUGAUAACCCCUUCAUUAUCAUACAGUUGUUUCAUGAAUGAUGUCUCUCAUCCCGUCCACACAUUCAACAAUUGUUUACAAGUGAUCUUCACAAAUGCAUUAUAAUUGGAUCCCAUUACUUUAUAGAUGAGCCCCUCUUCUUGAGUUGUAGCCUAAAUGGUGGAUUACAGCCAACAAUAGCACCUCUGUUUUAGAUCUAGCAUCUAUUGGCGUCUGCCGUGUAAUUGAAGGUAAUUAAUUUCAGUGUGUUGGUCGAGCUCAGUGUGACAGGGACACAUACGCUGUUUUAUUCAGCCUGUUGUUGGUUUUAAGAUAGACGCUACAUUGAGUAGGGUGUGACUUCACACUCCGGCUCAGUGUGUAGGGUGAUCAGAUCAUGCAGGCAGUUUACUACAACACUCACUACAGCCCCCCCACCCACCCACAGCUCUUCAUACCCGUGUUACAAACCCUGCUUGCAUAUGAAAUAUUUUAUCAUGUAGUCACUGUCCCUCUAAUAGCCUCCAUAUCAGCCACUAUGACAUUAUACUGCCUCUAUUUAUUUUUCACACGUAGGAUGAGGUUUUGCUCCUGUGUAGGUUUAUAUAAUUGGUAGUUUGCUGUUGCCCAGUUCUAGCUCUCAGAGAUGUGAAGUCAUAUUUUGAAUAAUCUCUGAACAGUGUGGGCCGUUGUUUUUAAAUGUCAUAGUUUUUUGUACACUGUAGCAGAUGAAAGUGUCAUGAAAGAUGAAUUUAAUGGUUUUUUAACAUGUCCAACAUACCUAAACAAUAAAGAUAUUGAACUUUG